AUGCCAGGAUCGUUGCGCGUAGUAAGCAUAGUUUCGCUCAAAGCAAGAGCCGUUCUAAAGGAUCGGUCACGACCAUCCAUAAGUGAUAUGCAGGACAAGAGACACAUCCUUUUGAAAAACAAAAUUCACAAUGAACCGUUGCCACUACUGGUGCAACAGACUUUAACAGAUGAAGAAUGUGCAGAAGACACUCUGUGUGGGUAA